AUGCUUCACUCCAAUCGAAUGGAGUUGAUCUCAGUUUAACUGCAUUUCUCGCAUCACACACUGGACAUUUUCUUUUUAAAACUGCGAUUUUACAAUGUGAUGCAGUGAAAGAAUUUGGAUUUUAAAAAAAUAAAACGCCCGUUUGCUGUCUACCAAUCAGCGACUCUGCAGUAAGCACAUGACAAAGCUGUAGGUGAGGAGACUCGGUUCAGGUGUUAGAGUUCACUCCAUGUGCCCCGUAGGAAUUCUCGAGAACUUGUCAUAGGAUCGCUGUUGAUGUUAGAUACCAAGACAGUUAUGGAGGGAGACCUGAACUAUUUCGAGAGUGCGUGUGAAUAUCAGUGUUCGGAAUACGCUCCAAAUCCACCUGCCUGUGUGUACUUCCGGACUCCGCCGACUUCUGUUCUCAGGUCAUGCUGCGGUGAUUUAAAGGUACAGGAUGACACGGAUUUCAGCCCUUACCCUUACCAGGGUUCUACAAAUCCGAGCUGUGACUAUAUUCCACAGCCUAACUACUUCGACGCCGGGUAUGGGGAUAAUCUCCAGCUUCAGGGCCACUACCCGUUCCCCUGGAUGAAGAACACCAAAUCGCAUACUUGGAGAAAUCAAUGGGGAGGAAACAACUUUCCGCUGGACGCCGAGGAAUGCAAGCGGACCCGAACGGCCUAUACCAGAGGCCAGCUUCUGGAGCUGGAGAAGGAGUUCCAUUUUAACAAGUACAUCUCCAGACCCCGGCGCAUUGAACUCGCGGCGAUGCUGAACCUCACCGAGAGGCACAUCAAAAUCUGGUUCCAAAACAGAAGGAUGAAAUGGAAGAAGGAAGAGGCAAAAAGACAGAUCAAGACCAAUUUGAGCAAAGCAGAAGCGGCGCAGCGCGAUAAGUCUUCGGGAGAUGCCAGGGCAGGGAAUCACUCGGGGACUUCCUUCAUCAAGGACAAUGAUUUUUCUCUGACUAGAGUCAACAGCGAUGUUGAACAUCUACUAGUCACAUAGAAUGUGAAGCUAACAUGUUCCCUUAGAAAUGUGUCAACUGAUAAGUUUUUAAUCAUUCACAGGCUGUAAGGGAUUUAUCGCCCAUCCCGAAUCCUCUGAGGCUGGGAAAUAUUGUAGCAUAUUUUAUAAUCUAUGAAACAAGGCCGCAUGUAAACCAUUUAAAUAUUUAAUAUAUUGUUAAAAAUUGAACUAAUUGUUUGAUCACAGAAUGCGAUUUAUUUAAAUAUCUAACAGCAGAAAUUAUUACUGCCUCAAUACGACAGGCUUUAAAGACAAGCGCCAGCAAUAAUAUUAGUAUAUGUACACGAUCAGGAAUAAAUUGUUAAUAAUCCCUA